AUGGAGCUAUCAAACAAACUCCGUUGGGACCAAUUCCUGAUUUUGGCAGCAGCACUUAUGUCACCUGCAUUAACGGUGCUGUGUAAUGAUAUCCUCAGCCUGAGGGUGGCAGGAGAUCCAGUGCUAACCCCUAACUCAGUGUGCCUGAGGCUGGCAGGCCUCAGCAAACGUCAAAUGCGGAUGUGUGUGCGAAGUCCCGAUGUGACGGCCUCCGCUCUGCAGGGCAUCCAGGUGGCCAUCCACGAAUGCCAGCACCAGCUCCGGGAUCAGCGCUGGAACUGCUCCUCACUGGAGGGCCUUGGCAAGCUUCCCCACCACAACACCAUCCUCAACAGGGGUUUUCGCGAGAGUGCCUUCUCUUUGGCCUUGUUGGCAGCGGGUGUGGCACACUCUGUGGCCUCGGCUUGCAGCAUGGGCAAGCUGCGGGGGUGUGGCUGUGAGGCCAAGCGUCGCCAGGACGAUGACAAGAUCCGGCUGAAACUCACACAGCUGCAACUGCAGACCCUGCAGAAGGGUGGAGUAGGCCUCGGCAUGACACGGUCAUUUCCCUCAGAGCUAAACGGUCACCAUGGUGACCUGCCCGAUAACCUGCGCUCCACCCACCCCUCCGCCCUUCUCAAGCCAUUAGCAGAUGAGCUGAGCUCCAUGCAGGAGACGUGGGAGUGGGGGGGCUGCAGUCAUGACGUCCGUUUUGGGGACCGGUUUUCCAGAGACUGGCUCGACUCCCGCGGCUCUCCAAGAGACAUCCACGCUCGCAUGAGGAUUCAUAACAACCGGGUGGGACGGCAGAUAGUGAAUGACAACAUGAAGAGGAAGUGCAAAUGUCAUGGCACAUCCGGGAGCUGUCAGUUUAAGACCUGCUGGCAUGUGUCUCCAGAGUUCCGGCUUGUGGGUUCUCUACUCAAGGAAAAGUUCUUGUCCGCCAUCUUUGUCAACUCCCAGAACAGGAACAAUGGGGUUUUCAACCCUCGGACAGGAAACGGCGCCAGCAGGAGCGCAGGGGGACUUAACGGAGGCCGCCGUCGAACCAUGUCCAGAGAGCUGGUGUUCUUUGAGAAGUCUCCUGAUUUCUGUGAGCGCGAUGCUUCCGUAGACUCUCCGGGUACACAAGGACGCAUCUGCAACAAAACCAGCUCCGGCACAGACAGCUGCGGCUCACUGUGCUGUGGCCGUGGACACAACAUCCUAAAACAGACACGCAGCGAACGCUGCAAUUGCAGGUUCCACUGGUGUUGCUACGUGCUGUGUGAAGAGUGUCGUCUCACACAGUGGGUCAAUGUGUGCAAGUAA